UUGCUUAGUGUCAAAUAUGAUCAAAACAAAUGUUCUGCGCUGAGAGAAAGCAGCAAAUACUUCGGAAACAGUUGAUUUCUAGGCUGAAUGCUACAUUAGCGAGGCGCUAUGUAUACUCUCCUCAGCGGUUUCUACAAAUAUCUUACACAGAAAGAUGAAUACUGCAUACUGAUCCUAGGAUUGGAUGACGCCGGAAAAACGACCUAUCUGGAGGCAGCCAAAACCAAAUUCACGAAAAACUAUCGCGGAAUGAAUCCGAGCAAAAUCACCACCACAGUCGGACUGAACAUCGGCCAGAUCGACAUCCAGGGUGUACGGAUGAGCUUUUGGGAUUUGGGUGGUCAACAGGAGCUGCAAUCGCUGUGGGAUAAGUACUACUCCGAAUCGCACGCGGUGAUCUAUGUGGUGGAUUCUAACGACCGGGAUCGAAUGCAUGAGUCGAAGGAGGUAUUCGAUCGAAUGAUUGGGAAUGAGUACCUGUCCGGGGUUCCACUGCUGGUACUGGCGAACAAACAGGAUUUGCCCGAAUGCAUGGGUGUUAGGGAAAUUAAACCGGUGUUUCAGGAAGCGGGUCAUCUGAUUGGAAGGAGGGACUGUCUCGUGAUGCCGGUCUCGGCACUGACUGGGGAAGGCGUUGACGAAGGUAUCAAGUGGCUUGUGGAAUCAGUUAAACGUAAUUCGUUUGCACGACCCCCGAAAACCGAAGAUACCUGAUAAUUCCGACCAACGUUUUCCUCGAGUGCAAUUUUCUUUUUGUGAAUUCCAUAUUGUUUAUUCCAUCUUGAAAAAAAACUGAUGUAAUUAUAAUUCUCACUUCCUGUACCGGAGGGCAGGAUGAAUCAA